AUGGGUCCCGAACCUGUUGCCCAAGGGAUGGAGUUUACAGGAAACCCGAAUGAGGUUGAUUCAGGAAGCAGUGAUCGGAAUCCUCCAAUCUCUACUAGGGAGCGUGAGUUACAGACGCCGGGAGUACCACCUUCUAUACCUCCUCCAGACACUACUGAUCCUUGGGUGGCUUGUAGCUGGUUGAAGAACUUGGAGAGCACAUUUGGGUACAUGAAGUGUAUAGAUGAAGAGAAGGUGGAGUUGGCCACAUAUCAUCUUCAGGAUCAGGCCGUCACUUGGUGGGACAUGCAGAAGACAAUCUUUGGGGAACAACACGUCACGUGGUCGAUGUAUCGUGAGGAGUUUUUGAAUCUCAAGCAAGGCGACCGUUCUGUGAUGGAGUAUAAUGUAGAAUUCAGUAGAUUGGCUGAGUUUUGUCCUCAUCUGGUGGCUCAGGAUUAUGAUCAGAUGCAUCAGUUUACUCAGGGACUUGCGGCAUACAUACGACUCAAGAUGUCAGGAUUUCCAGGUAGUUCUUAUCGAGAGGUUUUAGAUCGGGCAUUAUUCAUUGAGAUGACUCAGCAACAAGUGAAUCUGGAAAAAAGUAAUAAUAAACAAGCAACACAGAAGAAAGAGAAAAGAGGCCAAAGCUCACAGGUUACUUCAGGAGGGUCCUCUCCACCUCAGAAGGCAAGGCGAACCUCGAAUGGGGGUUCUCGUUCCUCUCAACGAGACCGGAAGAAUGACUUUGGAGGGAUCAUGUGUUUUCAGUGUGGCUCCAAAAAGUCAUACCAAAAAUGA